AUGAUUGAGUUUGUUGGAGCUGGAGCAAUAUUUAGCAAAUCGGAUGACCUGGCCAUUACAGCGUUCCGGUAUGCUCUGUCCAAAUACAACGCCAUCUCAACCAAUCCCUUUGCUCUCACUUCCUAUGUGGACAACUACAUCGAUGUCUCAGAUAGCUUCGAACUCGCCUCAAAAAUAUGCGAGCGAAUGGCAGACGGCGUAUUCCUAUUCUUCGGGGUCAAGGACACGAAGUCCCUAGACAUUGUGCAGUCGUUCACUCGGACCUUCCACAUGCCCUACCUGUCCCCUAGCACCUCCGUGUGGACGGAGAAGUCCGCCGCGGGGUUUGAGGUCCACAUGAAACCUGACUAUACCUUUGCCAUUAUUGACAUGAUACUGUACUUUGGGUGGACGAAAAUACACUAUGUGUACGAUUCAGAUGAAGGUCUCCAGCAUAUUCAGAUGGUUCUGUCAGCGUUACGAGAUGUGUCAGAAAGCGGUGGGAGUGAUAGUCACGUGCACGUUCUCGCGCGAAGAAUUUACAACGUAGAGAACGCGCAUGACGAGUUACGUCAACUUGACAGAAUGGACCCUGACGUCAGUACCGACAAGGUCAUUGUGUUUGACCUUUCGUCAGAAUUUGCCUAUCGGAACAUACUACGUCAGAUUCCAGAAGUAGGAAUGAAUAAAGGUGGAUACCAAUAUCUUAUCGCAACAUUGGACUUUGCGCACCUGGACAUGCGGCGGUACAUGCACGGAGGUGUGAACAUCACCGGGUUCCAGCUGAUUGAUCUGCAAAGCAAGCAUCUCGCGGACUUCAUGAAAGACUGGGGCGGGGCUGAUCUGGGGCGAACAUACCCGGGCGUUGUACCAGAUAAACUGACGUAUGAGGCGGCUCUAGCUGUGGACGCCAUCCACGUGAUCAGCCAAGCGCUACGAGGCAUGGUGAAGAGUAACUCUAAGAUCUUCCAGUCCACGUUCCGCCGGGGUAUGGUGUACAACUACAACCGGACCAAGGGCAUACCCUGCACUACCCAGCCGCCGGUGCCCUGGAUGCACGGGGAGGCCAUAAUGGAGCAAAUCAAGAUGCUAGAUUUUGAGGGCCUCACGGGACGAAUCAAGUUUAAUGAGGACGGAUUUAGGACCGACUACAAAAUGGACGUUUACACGGUCGGCCUUGACAGCGGACCCUUAAAGAUAGGCCACUGGAGCUCCAGAGACAGGUUCAAAAGCCUGUUUCGAAACGAAGAAGAUUUGAUCAUAGAGAACAAGAAAAAGCCAAAGAUCGUUGUUUCGAUUUUGUCUCCACCCUUCCUAAUGGAAAAAACCGAGGAUAAGUCUGGAAAGCCUCUCGUUGGAAACGCAAAAUACGAAGGUUACGUAAUGGACCUGACCGAAAAGGUGAUGACGGAAAUGAAUAGGUUUGAGUAUUACAUCAAGGAGGUGGAAGACCGCCAGUAUGGAAGUUAUAUUCCUCAGAAUAAUUCCUGGAAUGGAAUGGUUGGAGAGUUGUUGACAAAGAAAGCCGAUGUUGCCAUAGCGCCAUUAACAAUUCUUUACGAUCGAGAAAAGGUUGUGGACUUCAGCAAACCUUUCAUGAACUUCGGUAUAAGCAUAAUGAUAAAGAAACCGGAAAUAGUAAAACCCGGUGUGUUCUCGUUCAUGGAGCCUCUGGAAAUGAAGAUCUGGAUCUGCAUUGUGUUCGCCUACUGUUCGGUCAGUGUAGGACUAUUUCUUGUAGGGCGGUUUUCGCCCUUUGAGUGGCAAAAUUCCAACGCCGGACCGGACGACAAUCAUUUUGGUAUCCAGAACGCGCUAUGGUUUUCGAUGGGAGCACUGAUGUUACAAGGCAACGAUGCUUGUCCAAGAUCUAUAUCCGGGCGCGUGAUCGGCACGUGCUGGUGGUUCUUCGUGCUCAUCAUCAUCUCUUCGUACACCGCCAACCUCGCCGCCUUCCUCACCAUCGAGCGCAUGUUCACGCCCAUCAACUCCGCAGACGACCUCUCCGUGCAGACUGAUAUCAAAUACGGAACGCUCUCUCAAGGAUCAUCAUUUGACUUCUUUAUGAAAUCCAAAGUUCCUACUUACCAAAGGAUGUACAACUACAUGACAGCGAAUCCUUCAGUAUUCGUGAACGAUGUGAACGAGGGUAUUGAAAGAGUGAAGAAAUCCAAGGGUAAAUACGCUUUCCUGCUGGAGUCGCCGACAAACGAGUACGUGAAUAGCAGAGAGCCGUGCGACACCAUGAAAGUUGGGCCAAACCUCAACUCGAAGGCGUUUGGCAUUGCGACCGCCAAGAAUUCGCCCUUAAGCGAACAAAUGAACCUCGCGGUGUUGAUGCUAAUGGAGGAGGGCGUGCUGCCGAAGUUGAAGAUCAAGUGGUGGAAGGACAAGGGCGUCUGUGGGAACGAGGGGAAGGAUUCCUCAGGUAAACGCGAGCUAUCACUAAGCAACGUUGCUGGUGUCUUCUACAUUCUCGUAGGAGGGUUAGCGAUUGCUGUUGUUAUAGCCAGCCUGGAAUUCCUCUGCUCAAAGACGAGGUUUCUCGAGACGACUAAUUACAUGAAGGCCACUGAAACAGUGACAACGCUGUUGAGCGCUUCGAUGACCGAGAGGGAGAACGGUGAUCUAGACAGCCGAACGCUUGGUGCGAGUAACCACACUGAUAGACAGGAAACCUCUUUUAAUUACUCAACAGAGCCGCCGUGUAUAGGCUUCGAACAGUUCACCCGCAGCCAAACAGAGUUGUGACAAGCCCGGUGUGGCGUCACGAAGCAUCAAACAGAAGAAAGACGUCACUCGAAGUUGACAGAUCGACCAUGCGUUUAGCUCGAGACUUACAUCGAAAUGGGCUAGAGUUUGGGAAAAAACACUUAUCUGUUGGUCAGCGUUGUUUUUACCUACCGAUCAGAUGUUUUUUUUUAAAGUUGUGGGGGUGUCCGGAUUAUACCUAUUAUGCAGUUGCCACAUAUUGAGUUGACAAGUCGGGAGUCUGUAUAUUUACAGGAUACAUCUGCCAAUCCUAUGUUACGCAUCAGUCAAUUGACAGAGGACUAUCUCUGGAACAUUGUAGGACCCGUAUCGAGUGGAAAUGGGACUUAUGCCAUUUGCGGCCUGUAUAGCUCCAGACCAGCACAGACAGAAGCUACCAUGUUCUCUAAAAAGUCACGCAAGCUUUCGUGGUCUAUUUAACGGACAGUGUAGCUCCUGACCAGACUGUGCGAAGGCUGUUCUGCAGCUACGCUGACCGCAUAUGGCAUCAUAUUCCUUUUUGCAUGAUGCGACUAAUUUUUUAAUUGACUGAUUAUUGCACGCAUUCUUUAAACACGUUACUUAAACACAUUGGCAAAUAGCUGUGGACAAACGCAAUACUUCGCAGAUCGACGUCCGUCAAUUGACCUAUAAUUCACUAAA